AUCUUCAUUAUGCAAAUCCCAUUGGCCACUUGAUUUUUAAGUGCUUUUUAAAAAAAAAAACGUCUCCUUUUUCUCUAUAUAAACCCCAAUUACAUAACAAUCAAUACUAGAAAACAUAUCAUUAUCACACUUUCAUAAAGCUCAUAACAUACAUAAAAAAUGGGUGAAUCUUUUAGAUUAUUCAAUCAUCAUCACUUCCUCACAACUUUUCUCAUAAUCAUAGCCAUGCUCAAAUUGGUUCAUACAACAACAACAACAACUACAACAACAACAACAAACACCGAGUUCGUAAAAUCAUCAUGCACUUUCACAACGUACCCAAGACUCUGUUUCUCUUCACUCUCAACUCAUGCUAGUCUCAUCCAAACAAGCCCCAAGCUCAUGGCUCAUGCGGCUCUCAACAUCACAUUAGCCUCGGCUAAAGUAACUUCAGCAAUGAUGGUGCGUCUCUCGAAUAGUCGGCUCAAGCCUAAAGAAGUCUCGGCCAUGAGAGACUGCGUCGAGGAGUUAGGUGACACGUUGGAGGAGCUUAGGAAAUCGAUUGGUGAGAUGUGUCAGCUAAGUGGCUCGAACUAUGAAGUUUACAUAAGCGAUAUACAGACUUGGGUCAGUGCGGCUUUGACAGAUGUGAACACAUGUACUGACGGAUUUGAAGGAGAAGAUAUGGACGGGAAGGUUAAGGUUUUGGUUAGAGGGAGGAUUUUGGUUAUUGCUCAUUUAACAAGUAAUGCUUUAGCUUUGAUUAAUCACUUUGCUUCUAUUCAUGGCUAAAGAGAGUUAUGAUAAGUACUGUUAGUUUGUUUUUUAUUGAUUUUUCUAGUGAUUUUGUGUGUAUAAUGAUAAUAUAAUGUAUGUGUCUUUAUGAUUCCAGAAUCAAUAUGUAACAAAUGAAGUGUUUCAUGAAAAUUGAUUUUAAAGAUUUUCCAACAAAACAUUUAUUUUAUUUUUCCUACCCAAUAAAUUUU